AUGAACACUACAACGGCAACACCAUCAUUUGCAUCAUAUAAUCUUAACAAUGAAAUAAAACGUAUUUCUACUUAUAUUCUACCAAUAACAAUAUUGACGACAAUCAUUUCAAAUAUUAUUAAUAUUAUAAUACUUUCUCGUCGAACACUCCGAUCAUCUCCAUGUCCUCAUUAUUUUCUUGCUUUAGCUAUUUCGAGUUUAAUUUAUACAACUAUUUCACCUGUCAGUCUAUUUAUCACUUAUGAAUUUAAUAUUGUUUUAUCUAAUACACCAUUUGGAUGUCCAUUUCAACCAUUUAUUAUUUAUGCAUCGUCAUUAUUUGUUGUUUUAAUGUUAGUAUGCGCUUCACUUGAUCGAGUUUUUGCAAGUUCAUCUACAGCGUCUUAUAGAAAUUUAAGUCAUAUUCGAAUAGCACAAAGAUCAAUCAUAGUUAUUACUAUCCUGGUUCUUAUUUAUUUAAGUCCAGUUCUAAUUAUUUUUCAAUGGGAUUAUAUUGUUAAUCGAUGUAUACAAUCUUCAUCACCCAUUAUUAUUGUUUUUUUAUCUACUCGAGUUAUUCUCUAUUAUAUUUUAUCACCAUUGAUUAUGAUCAUAUUUGGUCUAUUAACAAUUCAUAAUAUUCAGAGUCAAUUACGACGUGUAACGCUAAUGAAUCAAGGAGGCUUUGCACAUCGUCGAACAGAGAAUCAAUUAGUUCGAAUGUUAGUUGUUCAAGUAGCUGCAUAUGUUUUCUUUUCUAUACCAGCAGCAGUUACUUAUAUUCUAACAACAUUUGUACCGUCAUUAAAUACGACAUUUAUUAAUAAUAUUCGAACUAUCACUAUAGUGUGGCAACAAGGUACUUAUGUUUUCGCAACAUUUCUUUAUAUUCUUUCUGGAAGUGUCUAUCGAAAAGAAUUGAAGAAAUUAUUCAAAUGCAGGAACUAUCUUGGACAACCAUUACGAUUGAUUACUGCUCGUCUACGAACAUAA